CAGGCGUAGAGACCAGAAGGGACUUGAACCGGUGUUACUGCAGAAGCACCAUGGCCGACAAAGCGCAGAUACAGGAAGCGAUUAAAGUACAAGGAGAGGUGGUCCGCAAACUUAAAGCAGAAAAAGCCACCAAGGAACAGUGCUAGGGUCGCUCACCACUUUUCUCCUGUUCUUCCUGCUUGCUGCUGCGGUUCCUCCCUAUUUCUUCUAUACUCCAUCAUCAUCAUCAUCAUCACCGCUGUCUCGCCCACCUGAACACUGGACUGGUUUCAAACUGUGUUUUAUCGCCCGGACGAUGUCCUGCUCGUGAACUCUGGUGAACCUUGUGUGUGUGUGCGCUUCUGGAAAAAUGGCCACUCUCGGCUUGGUGUGUGCGCGUCUCUGUGCUGGACUGACGGGACGCCGGGCUUCACCUUGGCUCCGCCCACUGCGCUGCCUUUCUGGGAUGACGGUAUCUCAGAUCGAUGAAGAAGUUGCCAAACUGUUAGAGCUAAAGGCUCGUAUUGGAGGAGACGAUGGAAAACAAACGUUUGUUCUCAAGACACCGAAGGGGACCAGGGACUACAACCCCAAACAGAUGGCCAUCAGAGAGAAGGUCUUCAACAUUAUCAUCAGCUGCUUUAAACGCCAUGGUGCUGAAACCAUCGACACUCCUGUCUUCGAGCUUAAGGAAACGUUGACGGGGAAAUAUGGCGAAGACUCCAAACUCAUCUACGAUCUGAAGGACCAAGGAGGAGAGCUGCUGUCUCUCAGAUACGACCUAACUGUUCCUUUUGCUCGCUACUUGGCCAUGAACAAGAUCACUAACAUCAAACGCUAUCACAUCGCCAAGGUGUACCGCAGAGACAACCCCGCCAUGACCCGGGGCCGCUACCGAGAGUUCUACCAGUGUGAUUUUGACAUUGCUGGUCAGUAUGACGCCAUGAUCCCAGAUGCAGAGUGUUUAAAAAUCGUUUAUGAGAUCCUAAGUGAGCUGGACCUGGGCGACUUCCACAUCAAGGUGAACGACCGACGCAUCCUGGACGGGAUGUUCGCCGUGUGCGGCGUUCCAGACGAGAAAUUCCGCACCAUCUGCUCGACUGUUGACAAACUGGACAAGUUGCCAUGGGAAGAUGUGAAGAACGAAAUGGUGAAUGAAAAAGGCCUGCCUGAAGAAGUGGCUAAUCAGAUCGGGGAGUACGUCAGCAUGCAGGGUGGACUUGACCUGGCAGAGAGGCUUCUUCAGGACACCAGGCUUUCCCAGAACAAGCAGGCGUGUGCCGGCCUCAACGACAUGAAACAGUUGUUCAGUUACCUGCAGCUUUUUCAAGUUACAGAUAAGGUGGUGUUUGAUUUGAGCCUGGCACGUGGUUUGGACUACUACACUGGCGUGAUCUACGAGGCUGUCCUGUCUCAGACCAUCCAGCCCGCGAUGCCAGCUGCCGCAGAGCAGAACGGGGCUGCGUCAGGGGACGAGGCAGGGGUGAGCGUGGGCAGCGUGGCAGGCGGAGGCCGUUAUGACGGACUGGUGGGCAUGUUCGACCCCAAGGGGAGAAAAGUACCCUGUGUCGGCGUCAGCAUCGGCAUCGAGAGGAUCUUCUCUAUAAUGGAGCAGAAAGCAGAGAUGUCUGCGGAAAAAAUUCGUACUACAGAAACCCAAGUCCUGGUGGCCUCAGCACAGAAGAACCUCCUGGAAGAGAGACUCAGACUGACAGCUGAGCUCUGGAAUGCAGGAGUAAAGGCUGAGGUGCUGUACAAGAAGAACCCCAAGCUCCUGACUCAGCUGCAGCACUGUGAGGAGACCGGCAUCCCCCUGGUCGCCAUUCUGGGUGAACAGGAGCUCAAAGAUGGAGUCGUCAAACUGCGCAACGUGGCCAACCGAGAGGAGGUGGAUGUGUCCAGGGCUGACCUAGUGGAAGAAAUCAAGAAAAGGACACCGCAGUCCUGAACACUGACCACAGAGACACACUUAUAUCCCAUACCAAUGCACCCUCAGUCCCCUCGCAACUUUUCACUGAGUUACUCUAGCCUUUCUGUCCUCCAUGUUUCCUGCCUGUAAUAAAUACAUCUGAGUCAAAUGAAAAAUAAAUGUGCUAUUAUAUUAA